CCUGCUUUCUCCCUGCUCCUCCCCCAGCUGAGGCACAAAAAGCUGAGGGCAAGCAAAUUACUGCUCUAGUACUGAGCAGAAAUGGCUGCAAGUGGCCGAGGUCUCAGCAGGGCCAUAGGUGCCUCUCCCUGCCCUGCUUGGAGACAAGCUCACUGGGAAGCCAAGGGACGCCUGAAGCCUGAGUACGACGCGGUGGUGAUAGGAGCAGGUCACAAUGGGCUGGUGGCCGCGGCCUACCUACAGAGACUGGGGGUGAACACAGCCGUCUUUGAGAGACGCCAUGUGAUUGGGGGUGCAGCUGUCACUGAGGAGAUCAUUCCAGGGUUUAAGUUCUCCCGAGCGUCCUACCUCCUCAGUCUGCUGCGGCCGCAGAUCUACACUGACCUGGAGUUGAAGAAACACGGGCUGAGGCUUCAUCUUCGAAACCCCUACUCCUUCACCCCGAUGCUGGAGGAAGGCACGGGGAGCAAGGCGCCCAGGUCCCUGCUUCUGGGCACAGACAUGGUGGAAAACCAGAAGCAGAUUGCCCGGUUCUCGCAGAAGGAUGCCCAGGCUUUUCCCAAGUACGAGGCCUUCAUGAAUCGCUUGGCGUUAGCCAUAGACCCUCUGCUGGACGCAGCCCCCGUGGACAUGGAGGUCUUCCAGCAGGGCUCCCUGCUGCAAAGGCUCAGGUCACUCUCCACCCUCGCCCCCCUGCUGCAGGCAGGCCGCAUCCUGGGAGCCAAGCUGCCCCAGUAUUACCAGGUCCUCACAGCUCCAAUUACCAAGGUGCUGGAUCAGUGGUUUGAGUCCGAGCCUCUAAAAGCCACUCUAGCAACGGAUGCUCUGAUUGGAGCCAUGACAAGUCCCCACACUCCGGGGAGUGGGUAUGUGCUGCUGCAUCACGUGAUGGGAGGCCUGGAGGGGAUGCAGGGGGCCUGGGGCUACGUCCAGGGUGGCAUGGGUGCCCUGUCUGAUGCCAUAGCAAGUUCAGCCACGGCACAUGGAGCGAGUAUCUUCACUGAAAAGACAGUGGCUAAGGUGCAGGUGAGCAGCAGAGGACGCGUCCAAGGAGUCGUGCUGCAAGAUGGCUCCGAGGUGAGGAGCAAGGUGGUGCUGUCCAACGCGUCGCCGCAGAUCACCUUCCUGAAGCUGACGCCACAGGAGUGGCUUCCUGAAGAGUUCGUGGAGAGAAUCUCUCAUCUGGACACCCAGUCACCUGUCACCAAGAUCAAUGUGGCUGUUGACAGGCUGCCUGACUUCCUGGCGGCCCCCAAUGCUCCCAGCGGCCAGCCGCUGCCCCAUCACCAGUGCUCCACCCACCUGAACUGUGAAGACACCCGCCUGCUCCACGAGGCCUUUGAGGACGCCAUGGGUGGCCGGCCUUCCCGCAGGCCCAUGAUUGAGCUCUGCAUCCCUUCCUCUCUGGACCCCACCCUGGCUCCUCCUGGCUGCCACGUGGUCUCCCUCUUCACUCAGUACACUCCCUAUACCCUGGCAGGAGGCAAAGUCUGGGACGAGCAGGAGAGAAAUGCUUAUGCAGACAAAGUGUUCGACUGCAUCGAGGCCUACGCCCCUGGCUUCAAGGGCUCCGUGGUGGGCAGAGACAUCCUCACACCACCUGAUUUGGAGAGAACCUUUGGGCUUCCUGGAGGGAACAUAUUCCACUGCGCCAUGACCCUAGACCAGCUCUACUUCGCCCGCCCGGUGCCCCUGCACUCCAGCUACCGCUGCCCCCUCCCAGGCCUGUAUCUCUGCGGAAGUGGGGCGCAUCCCGGCGGAGGUGUCAUGGGAGCCGCUGGUCACAACGCAGCCCAAGUGGUCUUCCGGGACCUCAAAAGCAUGUGACCCUGACCCAGGAAGAGGAAUCCACCCUUGGGCUGUGAGUCCCCAUUGGGUCAUCUUUCCAGGCUGUGGCUGAGGCAGACCAGUCCUCAAGGCUUAAGCGACUAUUUUAGAAAAAACAUUUAAGUUACAUUUGGUACUGGUUAACCUUGUGCCUGUGACUUCAUGAUGAACUGCUUUGGUUUUAUUAAAAAUAAUGUUUUGUACAGACAGCUUGCACUUUCCCGUACGUUAGUAGAAUUGGUCAAAUGUAAUUAUGUAAUUGCGUGUCUCUGUGCUAACGGGGGUACUUGCCUGGAAUACUCAGGAUUCUUACCACAUCAGCCCAUUUGACCAGCAAGGUCCCCCUCUCACUGCUGGGCCCUCACCCCCAGCGGAUCAGAGGGCUGUCGGGGAGGCC